AUGGGGUCACUGUGGAAGAAGAUCCGGCGGGUCACUGAAGACAAAAUGCUGUUUUUCAGCGGCACUCAAACCAGAUGUCUGACGGACGGAGACGUCGUCAACUCCUCUGAGUUUUUGUUUUGCCCUCAGCUUUCAUUUCAGGUGCGAUGCCCGCGGCUUAAACUCACUCUACAAGAGCGGGACCCGUCGGGCUGCACCUCGGAGCGGCACAGCAGCCAGGAGAGCGGCAUUACUGCACAGCUGCCACAGAAACCAGAGGCAGAGGAAACACUUAUCCCUCCUACUGACGUCAUUAAGGUUUACCUCGAGGCCCGUCCAGAGGACGGGGACAGUGUCAAAGUGAUGACGGACGAGGUGACGCAUAUUCAGGAGGUGAGGUACUGUCUGAAGACGCUGAGAGAACAGAUGGCUUCCAGGCAGAACACUAAAAACGACAAGCAUCCAGCCAAUGGCUUCAGAGUCAACCUGUCCAGCAGCCAACCAGCUGUCACCAAUGGCAACGCUGUUCUCAGGGAAUCAGACGCCCAGGGCGGAGAUGAUCCGGAGGACAGUGCGAAGCUCAGGGAGGCGACCAGGCGUUUGUACGCUCAGCUGAAGGAGAUGGAGACGAGGCACGCGGAGGAGAAGGGGCGACUGCAGGCCGAGUCACGCGAGUUCGGCGUUCGUCUGGCCAGGCAGACUGAGCAGCUGCAGACGGUGGAAAAGCUGUCGGAGGAGAGGGGUCAGCAGGUGGAGGAGCUGCAGAGGCUGCUGGGAAGCAUGGCGAUCGAGAGUCGCAAACUCCAAGACCAGAUGGCGGCAGGGGAGGAAGAGCUGCUGCAGCUCAAAGCAGACAAGGAGGAAAGGGAGGAGGAUGAGCAGAGGUGUGAGGAGCUGAAUAAGGAGGUGGCCGUUCUGAAGGAAAAGAUUCAUCACCUUGAUGACAUGUUAAAGUGUCAGCAGAGGAAAGUCCGUCACAUGAUCGAACAGCUGCAGAACUCCCGGACCGUCAUCCAAGAGAGGGAUCGAUCCAUAAGGGAUCUGGAGGAGAGGGUGUUUCUCCUGGAGGGCGAGAACCGAGAAAUGCACGCCCACCUGCAGUACUUCCGAGAAUGCCAGGAGUCCACUGAGGAGAAGCCAGAGGUGGUUUACAGUAAAACACUCACACCGACGACGCAGACCAACAAGGCCCUCCCGGUCAUCAAAAUCAUCGAGGUCAAGUCUGAACCGAGCCUCGAUCAAUGGAACGACCAGUUGGAAAAUACAGUGUAAAUAUAUAUUCAACCCCCCCACAAGUGUGUCACAUGGCUUAACAGACCUCAUAGCGAGGAAGAUCUUUACUGAUCUUUACAAAGACACAGGUCGAGGUUAGCCACCUCUCUCCUCCACCACUUCUUCUCGUGCAGUAAUGACAUGUUUGCAAAGCUCCAUGUAAAAGGGGGCUUGAGAUGGAAACAGCGGUUAGAAUGUUUGUAUGUACAUAUAGAAAAAUGUAUAAAUAGUCCACUACAGCUUAUUGACCACAUUCUGAAGCAGCGGCAGGGUCGGGGGGGUCGGAUUCCUCAGUGCUUUGCACCACAUUGCUAAUGGCAGGCAGGCAGUUGGCGAGGUCAGCAUUGAAAUACGAGCCAAACUAAAUGUAAAACUUAUUUUAUUUUACACUAGAUUGAGUUAAAUAUAAUUAUAGAGAUUAUCCUAUUUUAUGUAUUAGAAUGUGGAACUUUAUUUUAGCUAUGCUAGCUAAUUCUUCAAGGAUGUACAUAUUUAGAAAGUGAGUACCCUUUUACUGUGAAUAUUGUAAAUAGUUUGGUCUGUUAUUUCUUUGAAGACAAACACAUUUUUAUUAAAUAUGAUGAAAUACCUGGAUUAUCUGAUUUAAUUGUAUAUGUGAUGUUGCAUCUUUACUGGGUAACCUUGUACUGCCUCCUAGUGGAGAUAUUAAAGACACUGAUGAUGAAGAA